GUCACGGUGCUGGGCACGCCUGCGGAAGAGCAAGGAGGAGGCAAAAUAGACCUGAUAAACGCUGGAGCGUUUGAUGGCCUGGAUGUGGUUUUUAUGGCACACCCCUCGCAAGAAAACGCAGCUUACCUGCCCGAUGUGGCCGAGCACGAUGUGACUGUGAAAUACUAUGGAAAAGCUUCUCAUGCUGCUGCUUAUCCUUGGGAAGGAGUUAAUGCAUUAGAUGCUGCUGUUCUUGCAUACAACAAUCUGUCUGUUUUAAGACAGCAAAUGAAACCGACCUGGAGAGUUCAUGGUGUAAUAAAAAAUGGUGGUGUGAAACCUAACAUCAUUCCUUCUUACACUGAGCUGGAAUUCUACUUGCGUGCCCCUUCAAUGAAAGAUCUUUCUGUUCUGAUAGAGAAGGUUGAGAACUGCUUCAAAUCUGCAGCGCUGGCCACAGGUUGCAAAGUGGAAAUAAAAGGUGGUGAAAAUGAUUACUACAAUGUGCUUCCAAAUAAGAGCCUGCAGAAAGUUUACAAGGAGAAUGGAAAGAAGCUUGGAAUAGAAUUUAUAUCAGAAGACUCUAUCUUGAAUGGCUUGUCAGGUUCCACAGACUUUGGAAAUGUUACGUUUGUAGUCCCUGGGCUUCAUCCUUAUUUUUAUAUUGGCUCUGAUGCACUGAAUCAUACUGAGCAGUACACAGAAGCUGCAGGGUCACAGAAUGCUCAGUUCUAUGCUUUGCGCACAGCAAAAGCUUUGGCAAUGACAGCACUGGAUGUCAUUUUCAAGCCAGGUCUGCUAGAAGAAGUCAGGGAAGACUUUAGACAGGUGAAGCUAAAAGAAGAGGGGCAAAUAAACCCAGUAGAACCUAACAAAGAAUCUGGAGUUGGCAUAGGAGCAAGUGCAUCACAUUAA